GAGCUUGGAGCUCCGUCAUUGCACCAUCAAUCAUGAACACACUGGAAGCCUUCAUAGAACGGAGGCAUCGUUUCCCUUGCAAAACACGAUGCGGCCAUGACUAUGAACGACACAAUGUCGCUUUCGUCUUUUCUUCGGUUCUGUCGCGACGAGCGCGUCGUGCUCAUCGGGAUUGGCGCUGCCACCAUUAGCAUGGUGACGAUGAUGACACAGGCACUGCUGUGGGUGCGCGACGACAACGAAGUCAAGCCGACGCCGCUGAAACCGCAAUACAUCACUCAGGAUACAGAAGACUCGCUACAGCUCGGAACGCUCGACAAGUUGCUGGCUCAUUCGAACUACUCCAUCCGCGAAAUCGCCAACAAGAUCCUGUGCGAUCGCGCCGUCAAUGACCCAGACACAAUUGUAUACCUACUCUACGAUAUCACCCGGCCAGACUAUGACACACGAAUGCGGGCUCUUAGAGCGCUGGCCGCAUUGACUGGUCAUACUCAUGAAGGGCUGUCAAACCUGAACACCUGGCAAGCGUACACAGCGUUGGUGCGAUCACUCGAGCUCAGCCUUGAAGACGUGGAGCACGAAAGCCUCGACGACAAAUAUUGGGAUGAAUACUACCUACGCGAUAUGGCCGAGAGGUUUUGCCUAAUGUUCAUACUGGAACUCAUUAACAAGUAUGGCGCCGAGACGCUGGUCAAGGCCAAAUUCGUGGAGAAGUGGUUGGCGAAGCAAAAAUGGGGCGAGAGCGAGGAUGAGCGGCGCGAAAACUUCACCUACUACCUGGAUCACAAGAGAAACCGGAUCGUCGACAUUGUCACGAGGAUAGCGCACACGGCCGAGGGUAGCAAAGCGCUGAACGCGUGCAACCUGCCCGUGUCCAAGUUUCAUGUCACCAUUGCGGCGGAGACGGAGGAAGGGUUUCUGGUCGCCCUGCAGCCGGCUGUGCGUGAGGCGGACGUCGACGAUGACCAGGCGGCGGAGAAUGUGCCCAGAAGCAGGGAUCACUCCGCAGAGGAACAACGACUUCGACGCCAGCAUCGAGAGGCCAUGGUUUUCAAUGACGGCACGCGGCCCAUUGGGAGAGAAGACAUUAUCGAGCGCAACAGCGGCUCGCCGCCUUAGUAGGGCUUUUGCUUGCUAAGCUAUCAUUAUUCGCCGUGGCUGCAAUCGAUUCGACUUCCAUUGGGUUGAUGGGAAAACUGUUCUUAUGCAGCAUCACUUCAACCCAUGACGGGGUAUACGGGGCCGUCAUCUCGGCUUUCAGGCCUGGGAAGAUCACCUAGGGCAUCCAUAUACGAUGAUUCCUCACGCAGCUCCGAGAGAAGCACAUAGUGUCGUCGUCGGCAGGGGGCUACUCAGUUGAGAGACAUGUGCUGUUCUGUCUGACUGUAAUGGCAUAAGCCCCUUGCUGCUGAGGCUGACAGUGGAGCUCGAAGAGACAUCGGUGUAGCUCGUCAUGUCGCUUUCUGACGUCGUUAGAUGUACAGGAGAUUGGGCGGCUCAUGUCAUAAGAGGUGACUGGGCUGUAGAGUUGACGUGAUUCUCAGUUGGUGGCAAGGCCAGGAGGCAGGGUGACGGCUGCCGUGGGAAAUGCACUGCUUUUCUUGCUGCAGAUUCUGUAGCGCAACAAGGUGUUCAAUGAAAGGGCCCCCAGGGCAUCCUGCAAACUGCGAGAGCAAACCGAGCGGCUGAAUUCCACAGUAUGAGC